AUGACCAAUAAUAAAAAUGGUAGUAACAGAAAAAGAGCAAGUUCUUUAAGAACCCAACUAUUCAAUAAGCAUUUUUUUGAUAAAAUAAACUCUAAAUGGAAAGAAAAAGAUAAGCCAGAAGAUAUUGAAUUAAAUGAUGUGGAUUCAAAUAAUAAUAAUAAUAGUAGUAAAAAUAAUGACAAUAUUUCAUCAAUAAGCAAUCAUAUGCGGGAUAAUGAUUCACAGAUGUAUGAAGCAAUGGAAGAAUCUUUAGAAGACCAAAAUGUUAUUAAAGAUUCUAUGGGUGACAAUGAACAUAAAGAAGUCCAAUCAACAAAAAUAAAUUUUUUCACUAAAGCAUUAGAUUUAUUGUUAGAUAGACGAAGGAUUCUUCAUUCUAAAGAUGGGAGACAUAUUCCAAUUACUUUAGAUCACACCUUAGCUGAAUAUAGACAGUAUACAAAUGGAAAAAGUGAUGUUUUAAUUGACGAACGAACGAACAAGCCAUAUUGUAAUAAUUGUAUAACUUCAUCAAGAUAUACAAUAUAUUCAUUUCUUCCCAAACAGUUAUAUGCACAGUUCUCUAAAGUGGCUAAUAUCUACUUCUUUGUUAUUGCAAUUUUACAAAUGAUUCCUGGUUGGUCAACUACGGGUACAUAUACAACAAUCAUCCCAUUAUUAGUAUUUAUGGGUAUAUCUAUGGCUAGAGAAGCUUGGAAUGAUUUCAGGCGACAUCAGCUUGAUAAUGAAGAAAAUGCAAGAACGGUGAAUAUUUUAAUUAAAGAUCCAACAUUAAGCAAAGAAUUAGAAAGUCAACAAAAUCAACAACAUAAUGAUAUUGAAGACAAUCAUGAUAAAAUGUAUUCCAGGAAUUCUUAUGAACUAAAAAGGAAUGAUGAUAAAUACUCUGUAAAGCCUCAUUUUUUAAACGUAAACUUGCUAGCUAGCAAAUAUAAUACACAUAUAAUUGAAACUAAAUGGAAAGAUUUGAAAGUUGGUGACUUUGUUGUUUUGAAGCAAGACGAUUGGGUUCCAGCUGAUUUACUACUUUUGAAAUCGGAUGGGACUAAUAAUGAAGUAUAUGUUGAAACCAUGGCAUUAGAUGGGGAAACAAAUCUGAAAAAUAGACAGCCUCAUAUGGAAUUGACCAAACUUACUUCUUCCGAAUCUAAUUUAUCUAAUAUUAAUGCCAAGGUAACAGUUGAAGAUCCUAACAGUGAUCUAUACAAUUUUGAGGGUAAUUUGGAAGUGGAUGCUACCAAAUAUAACACUUUUAAAAAAUAUCCGAUAGGUCCUGACAAUGUGAUUUAUAGGGGUAGUAUAAUUAGAAACACUCCAACAAUGAUUGGUAUGGUUAUUUUCACUGGUGAAGAGACAAAAAUUAGAAUGAACGCUAUUAAGAAUCCUAGAACAAAAGCACCAAAACUUCAAAGAAGUAUUAACAUGAUUAUUGCUUUUAUGGUUUUUGUUGUGGCAUGUGUUUCGUUCUUUUCUUAUUUAGGGAAUGUAUUAGCUAAGAGGGGAUCUCUUGAUGGUAAUCGAGCAUGGUAUCUUUUUAGACAAGACGCUGGGACUGCUGCAACUAUUAUGUCCUUUAUUAUUAUGUUCAAUACAAUGAUUCCAUUGUCCUUAUAUGUCACAAUGGAAAUAAUUAAAGUUUUCCAGAGUAAACUUAUGGAAUGGGAUAUUGAUAUGUAUCAUGAAGAAACAGAUACCCCCUGUGAGUCAAGAACUGCGACUAUUCUGGAAGAAUUAGGACAAGUAUCUUAUAUUUUCAGUGACAAAACAGGUACAUUAACAGAUAACAAGAUGAUUUUUCGUAAAUUUUCUUUUUUAGGUUCAUCUUGGUUACAUGAUAUGAAAAUGGUUUCUUCGAAAUCAGUUGAAUCACUGCAAACAGAUCUCACUGACAAUGAUAUUGAUACUGUUUCCUUAAAUGCACCUCAAAUUUUAAGCCAACAUCUUAACAUACCUACCCCAAGUGAUUAUGUUCCAUUUUCAGAUGAACCCAGACCGUCAAUAGAUUAUAAGGGAAAUUCUUCUGCAGUAUAUACCGGUAGGCCAAGUAUGAGCUCUUUGUAUAUCAGGCAACAUAAAAAUCGCUCAUCAGAAGUUACUAUUUCUUCUCAAGAAAGUAGCACAAUUGAGAAUAUCAAAUCUUCAUAUGACUUAAUUAGGUAUAUUCAAAGAUAUCCAAAUAAGUUAUUUUCAAAGAAAGCAAAAUUUUUUAUUCUAUCGAUGGCAUUAUGUCAUUCUUGUUUGCCAAAGAGAGUUGAUGGUCAUGAAGAUGAAGAAGAUGCAAUUGAAUAUCAGUCAUCUUCACCUGAUGAAUUAGCUUUAAUUACUGCAGCUAGAGAUUUAGGCUGUGUAGUAGUUAAUAAGAAUGUUCAAACUUUGACAAUCAAAACGUAUCCAAAUGGGUUUGAUGAAUCACCAAUUUUAGAGGAAUAUGAAAUAUUAAAUACAAUUGAAUUUAAUUCUCAGAGAAAGAGGAUGUCAGUUAUUGUUAAAAUGCCAAAUGUUCCAAAUAAUGUUCUUUUGAUUUGCAAAGGUGCUGAUAAUGUUAUCCUAGAGAGACUUUAUAAUAAAGAAAUUGCAUUUCAGAAAAUUGAUGAAAUUAACAAUGCUGUAACCACUCGUAAAGAGGAGGAAGCUGAAUUAAUUGUUCAACAGAGAAAAUCAUUGGAAAGAAUGACAUAUGAUGAAACUAUAGGACGUAAUUCUCUGCGUGGAGCAGGUCAUAAUGAUACUAGAGCAAGUUUAUCUUUACAAGCUAUAAGAAAAAGUAUCUCUCAGAGAAAUAGAACUGGUCCAUCAGAUAUGCAUAUAGAUACCAUUGAUGACAUUGUAGAUGAUGUAAAAAGAAAUGGAAGGGAAGUUGAUGAUGUAAUUAUGAGAAGUCGUAAAUCUCUGCAUAAACAACAAAUGCAAAAAUAUGGGUCAAAUACCACAAAUAAAAAUAAAAAUGAUAAAAUCAGUCAUUUGCAAGGAGAGAAUAAUCAUAGUAAAAUUAGAUUUGAAGAUGAGGAUAUACAAACCUAUAUUGGUAAUGACGAUCUUUUGACUAAUGAAGAAUUCAUUUUAGAAAGAACAAUUCAAGCCAUAGAUGAUUUUUCAACUGAAGGAUUGAGAACAUUAUUAUUUGCUUAUAAAUGGAUUGAUAACAAAACGUAUGAUAAAUGGAACCAAAAAUAUCACAAAGCAAAGACUUCCUUAGUUAAUAGAAAGAAAAAGACGGAGGAAGUUGGAGAAGAAAUUGAAGUAGAUCUUAAUAUUCUGGGUGCUACAGCCAUUGAGGAUAAAUUACAAGAAGGUGUUUCUGAGGCUAUAGAAAAGAUAAAAAGGGCUGGCAUAAAAAUGUGGAUGUUAACAGGUGACAAACGUGAAACAGCCAUUAAUAUUGGUUACUCAUGUAAGUUAAUUUAUGAUUACUCCACUAUUGUUAUUUUAACAAUGGAUGAUGAAAAUAUUGCUUCAAAAAUGAAUGCCGUUAGUCAAGAAAUUAGUACUGGUAAUAUGGCACAUUGUGUUGUUGUGAUUGAUGGUGCAACUCUUGGUUCUUUCGAAAGUAACCCUACAUUAAUGGCUGUCUUUGUUGAAUUGUGUACUAAGACAGAUUCAGUGAUAUGUUGUCGUGCUUCACCAUCACAAAAAGCACUUAUGGUUAGUAAUAUCCGGAAAACUAACAGAAAAGAAGUGACUCUGGCAAUAGGUGAUGGUGCUAAUGAUAUUGCGAUGAUUCAAGCUGCUGAUAUUGGUGUCGGUAUUACUGGUAAGGAAGGUUUGCAAGCAUCACGUUCCUCAGAUUACUCUAUUGCUCAGUUUAGAUAUUUAUUAAAAUUAUUAUUUGUUCAUGGAAGAUAUAAUUACAUUAGAACGGCAAAAUUUGUUCUUUGUACUUUUUACAAAGAAUUAACUUUUUAUUUGACACAAGUUAUAUUCCAACGAUUUACAUUGUUCUCCGGUACAUCUAUGUAUGAAUCAUGGUCCUUAUCUAUGUUUAAUACACUUUUUACGUCACUACCGGUGCUUUGUAUUGGUAUCUUUGAAAAGGAUUUGAAACCAAUGACGUUGUUAACUAUACCUGAAUUGUACUCUUUUGGUAGAUUAGGUGAAGGCUUUAAUUUAUGGAUAUUCCUUGAAUGGAUGAUAGAGGGUGCAUGCAAUUCUGUAAUCAUCACGUUUUUAAAUGUGGUUACUUGGGGUGAAACAGCUUUAUCAGAUUCAACUUUGUAUCCUUUAGGUGUUGUUAAUUUUACAGCUAUUGUUGUAUUAAUUAAUGUUAAGGCGCAAUUUUUGGAAAUGAGAAAUAGAAAUUGGAUAGCAUUUGCAUCUGUUCUAUUGUCAACUGGAGGAUGGUUGGUAUGGUGUUGCGCAUUACCUAUAUUGAAUCCAACUGAUGAGAUAUAUGAUGUUGCUUAUGGAUUUUAUAAUCAUUUUGGUAAAGAUAUAACAUUUUGGUGUACUUGUUUUGCAUUGGUUGUGUUACCUAUUAUAAUAGAUAUUGUAUAUCAAACAUUGAAAAGAACCUUAUGGCCUACUGAUUCAGAUAUAUUUGCCGAAUUAGAGAAAAAGAGUAAUGUAAGAAAAAAAUUGGAAUUUGGUGCAUAUAAUGAAAUGAAACAAGGUUGGACGUGGGAACAUGAUCCAAGUUCUAUUGAACGAUAUAAGAGUCAACUAUUUAAUAAUAAGAAACUGUCUAAACCAAGAACAAGGACUAGAACAAAUUCAGUGAAUCAUAUUGACGAGGACAUCAAAUCAUUAAAAGAGUCGUCCUUACCUACCAUAUCUGAACAACUUAAUUAUAGUGAAUCUUCAUGGAGUAAUGUAGUGGGUAAAAUAAUACCCGGUGGGAAAAAUGACAAUGAAGGCGCAUCUAAUAAAGAGUACGAUCCAGAAGUGUAUGAAACUUUGCCUAGUGGGAAAGUGAUUAAAAAACAAGAUUUACUUGAUGAAGAUGAUGUAGAUAUUAUGAUGAAUUUGAAGGGUAAUAGAAACUCUGUUAAUACUAAUCGUUUAUCAGGCUCAGAUUUUAUAACACGUAAAUUUAGUAAGAAAUUAAGAUUUAAAUUGAAUAAUGAGGAGACCGAUGAAGAAGUUAUGGAGAUUAUAAGAGAAAGAAUGAAAGAUCUUGAAUAA